AUGACGAGUACAGAGACCCAAAGUCGGGCGGCAGCUCCUGACCAGAAGCGUCAGCAGCCACCGGCUUUCUUCAAGGACCUGGACUGGCCGAAGUUCGAAGCAGCUGCUCUACCCUUGACAACGGUCUACAACCCACCACAGUUGGUCAGCAGCUGCAAGGGAUUGGGUGCGCGUGUCUCCAUGUGCUGGAACUGCUUGUUUACCCAUCGCGCACCUAUCUGUGCCAAGCCGCAGAUUCCCUGCUGUUGCGCCAGCAUUGCACAAAGCCGCGUCCAGGACUUGGCACACGUGAAGCUCUCCGAACCAGAUGAGUGGUUUGUGAAGAUGCUCAGCGUUGAGCACCCAAACACUCCUGAGUUCUUGAAGGGGAUCUUCUGGAUGGAGGACAACUAUGCUCCCGAAGUGCUGCUGACAUUCCAAGACAUGGACUGGGCAUCGGGAACGCAAGGCUACUUUAACCCAAAGUACAGUUGGACGAAUGAUCCAACCUGUAUCGGAACAUGCUGCUUGUGCAUGCAUCUCAACAACUCUCCAAGCACUGCAUGGCCAUUUACUUUAUCACCAAACGGCAAGUGGAUCAACAUUAACCCACAGUGGAUCUACAGACCUGAUGAGGGCGAGAAGAUCACUCGACCAGAUGGCUCUGUUGUGGAGAUGGGGCGUGGGGACAUGAUUCGAGUGAGCUUCCAAAAUGCCAGUGAUCCGACAUCAGGUGUGAACUAUCAGUACCUUGUCCGCCUGGUGGCCUUCAUGGAAAAUGGAAAACUCGUCAAGACCAAGGCCUACGAUGAACUCCGCCGGAGAGCAACGAUGCAAGACACAAUUGGUGGUUGCUGUGGCGGUUACUACAAUUGUUCGCCCGUGGGCGAGAACUACAUCCACGAUGCUUACGAACCAUUGUCAGAUCAGCAGGCGCUCCUCUUCCCGCCGCCACUGGAAGUCAUGUGGCCUGAUGCGGUUUCUCUUGAGGCAGUGUCUUUCUAG